AUGGCGCCUCUGCAGCCUUCCGUCUCCGUACCACCUUCCAUCACGGCAUCUCCCUCUCCGAUCGGCGGCGGUGUCGGCGGCGCUGCCGUGACGCAGGGAGGCAAUGACCUGGCGUCGGUAGAGCAGCUGGUGCUCGACCUCUGCGACCCCUUGCUGCGCGAGAAUGCCCUCGUGGAGCUCUCUGAGAAAAGAGAGAUGUUUCAAGAUAUCUUGGCCCCGCUGUUAUGGCACUCGUUUGGUACAAUUGCUUCUCUACUACAGGAAAUCUUGUCUAUCUAUGACGCACUUUCAACCCUAACUUUAUCGCCAGGUGCAUCAAACCGAGUCUGCAACGUACUUGCACUUUUUCAGUGUGUUGCAUCGCACCCGGAGACGAGGACGUUGUUCUUAAAUGCUAACAUUCCAUGCUACUUGUACCCCUUCUUGAAUACCGAGAGCAAAACAAGACCCUUUGAGUACUUGCGGCUUACUAGCCUGGGUGUUAUCGGUGCUCUUGUUAAGGUCGAUGAUAGUAAAGUUAUCAGUUUUCUGCUGGAAACUGAAAUAGUUCCUCGAUGCUUGCGUUGCAUGGAGGUGGGCAGUGAACUUUCAAAAACUGUGGCCACCUUCAUUGUCCAAAAGAUUCUGCUUGACAAUCUUGGACUGUGUUACAUAUGUGCCAAACCCGAGCGCUUGUUUGCUGUGGCCAGUCUUUUAGUAUACAUGGUACUUUCACGCCCUGUUCAACCCUCUGCUCCCGCAAGGUUGCUCAAGCACAUAAUUCGGUGUUUCCACAGGUUAUCUGACAAUCCCAGCGCUUGUGUGACGUUGCAAGCACUCCUCCCUGACGUUCUGAAAGAUGGAACGGUCGACAGCUUUCUUGUGGAUGAUCCUUCAACAAGGCGCUGCCUCCAGCAACUGCUACAUAAAGUUACAGUCGGAACCGUGGGAGGAGCUCCUCGGCCAGGCCUAGAUCACAUGAGUAGUAUAGGAUAUAAGCAAUUUAGUUAUUGCAGUUCACUGUAA